GGGAUUCCUGGAGCUGAAAGGGUUGUAUAGCUUCUUAUUAAUAAGUCUUGUUUUAGGCAAUAUUGAAAGGUAUCUUGACUUGGAGUAUUCAAACGUAUUAUUACAAAUUAAUUACUGGGAAUAUACAUGUACUAUCAUAACAGCGACAAAAUAUCGGGGCAAAAAAUGAACAUUGGAUUGGAAUGAAAUCACACUACAUGUAGUAUCAAGUGCACGGAUCCGGAAGAUAUCACUCAAACGAGGGAAAUUACGCCCGUACUUUAUACCGAAUCAUUGUUGACAUAUUAGACUUUUUAUUGCUUAAUUGGGUCAUGAAGCAGACCAAUAUGGCACAGACCAAAAGGCCUCCUGUGAUAUUAUUGGAAGUUGAGUCAUGCAGGUCUACUGUCACUGUGCUGUUUCGAAUCAGAAGAGGAUGUAGCCGUAAAUGUACACAGGCCAAAGUUGAAAAGUCACACCAUCCCGUCUGGAGCUUGUGCUAGGAAUUGCCAUCACGAGAUAAGGUCGCCCUAUGUUUUGACUAGGCUGGAAAGGAGAAAUUUUUAUUCAGGCAUACAAUGCCCAGCUCCAAGGAGAGAUAGUUGAUUCAGAAUAAGGACUUUAAGGUAUUCGAAGACUCUCUGGUUGACUUUUGUAUAAAGCUGAAGGAUAAACAGUGAUUUAUUCUUUUGAUGGAGUACCCAGCUUUACUCCCAGAUUAUAAUCCGACUUGCGAAUCUCCGCCACAGCAAGAUUCGUCCAUCUGCAAUCGGUGCUGGUCGUAGCCGACAUCCUCUCUCUCAGUCCGGUUGGAGGGUUCAGAGAAGAGGACACCGAGUGCAAUAUUGAAUCAGAGAUCAUCAUCGCCCCUUGACCAAACCUCCGCCAAUAUUAUAUAAGAAACAUACCUAGCAGACUACCGAAGGAGCGGUAACCAAGCGCCAUCUCUAAGUGACGACGAGGUGAACAAGAAUAGAAACUAGGCAGGGCUAUCUUCAUCCUUUAUUCAUCAUUCCAACCAUGCCGACGACCACAACGACCAACGUGAAUUGCGCACUCUACCAAAUCGUUAUAGUCGUCUUGACUUACUCAUGUGCAGUGAGAUCAUGGGACCUCUGUUCAAACGACACGUUGAACUGCAAAUCAGGCUCAACGGCCAAGGCCUGCCACUGUGACGAACUAUGUGGCCUCAUGGGCGACUGCUGUAGAGACUACGACAACACAAAAUGGUCUGCGGAUAAUGUCAAACUAGCGUCAUCCGCGGACAAUAAAACAAGAUGGUCUGCAGACGUUCUUUUGUAUCGCGGCCAUCUUGCGUGCCACAAUUAUCUGCAAGGAAAUGCUUUUUAUAAAACGAGUACGUAUCUGGAGGUGGGAGAGUUCCUCUAUGUGAGAACGUGUCCAAAAUCAUUCCAAAGAAAGGAUUUGAGAGUACUGUGUGAGGACCUUAAUUCGACUGAUAUAUUUUUGAAUUGGUUUGUCACCAGUCGGACGACGAAAGUUACUUAUAGGAAUAUGUUCUGCAGUCAGUGUUGGAAUGAUACGAAUGUGUUUCAUUGGAAGGUCGAGUACUACUGCAACAACCUCAGCGAUACAAACCAGAACAUUCCACGAGGAUUUCCCGAUCAUCGCGGGAUCAAAAAAGGUUUUAAAUGUAAAGGGCCUGAGUUGCCGGUCUCUGGCCGGCCAAGUGGAAAGGACCCUGGCCGUUUGCCCCCUGGGUUUAAUUCAGGGAAUUCUCCCGGGGGGCCGGAGAUGCCUGGUUCGAACUCUCGGCCGCCGCCCGGCCCGAAACCAAAACCUCAAGGAGAUCCUGGGAGCGCACCGGGCUACAUGUACGUCGGGAAACGGUCUGUCGACGCAGAGCAGUGGCCGCUUCAUCGCCGAGAACACAUUGACAUGUUAAAGAGUGACCUAGGGUUGCGGGAGAUACCUCCACCUAAAGAUAUAUAUAAACGCGAACACUUCAAAUUGGCGUUGAACGUAACCCCAAAACGUCAGAAGCGAACUAGCUUUGAAAGUAAAACGCAGUAUGACUGCAAACCGCACUUCAUAUACCCGCAUUGCGAUAACCUCCGCCCUUGCUCCGCCCUGGGGACCAUAUCGGAUUGUAAGGAGCGCUGGAAGGGGACCACGGUGGAGAAGAUAUGCCAGGAGGGGAGCUUUGGGAGGAUGCGGCUGACGCGGGACGGGUCGACAUUCAGGAAUAUUGACUGUGUCGUCUGCAAUGGGCUAAACCCCGAACAUCCUGUGUGUAGCUACAACCCCAAUACGGUCCAACAGCCGGGUGUGUACGGCGCUCGCGGAACCAAGCCACCGCCCCUGUCAAUGAUCUUUGACCCUGAAGCGGGAAGGCUGGUUAAAGAGACUCAGUCCAUGCGGGAGAGCGUGCCACUACCGAAUUGCACCACAACACAAAUGUUGGACAUAUUCGCGUAUAGGUGUCGCGACGUGUCUUGUCAGCGCGGAUACGAAUUAGUCUCGACGACGUGCACGAAAUCAAAGGACGGCGUAUCGGAAAGGGCAUGCUUGUGGGUUAAAUUCAAAACAGGAGAAUUCGAGGUUGUCAACAAGUCGUCAAUUGUACUUAUAACGGGCCACAGGGUUCCUUUGACGGAUAGCGCGGUUAAAAAUCUGACGAAUGCAUCUGUGUUAAUUUGUGAUGGACAGUUACCAUUUGGUUGGAAUAGUACAAAAGUGUCAUUUAGCUAUAGUGACGGGACUGUCGUGACGUCCAUUUUGUUACAGACUAUAUCAAUGAUCUGUCUCCUGGUUCAGUUCAUUGUUUACCUCCUGUUACCUGGGUUACGAAACACACCAGGUUUGACAAUCAUGAGCCUCGUGGUGGCGCUCUUCUACGCACAAUUCCUACUUUUAGUUAGCGGAACCGCCGCGGGGCAGCGCGGAGGCUGCGUUUUCAUCGCCGUGGCCAUUCAUUACUUCUUCCUAGCCUCGUUUUGCUGGAUGUGUUGCCUCGCUUUGGAUCUGGCCUUGACCUUCAGUUCAACCAUGAUACACCGCGGCGAUGACCAUGCUAAGACUUGCAGAUUUGUCAAAUUCAGUAUAUUCGGAUGGCUAUCUCCAUUACUCGUGGUUUUAUUGGCACUCAUCACAGAUGCCGGACAGGGGAACACGUACCCUUUCAACCCUGGAUACGGACAGGGGUUCUGUUGGAUAACAAACAAGCAUGGUCUCUAUAUGUGGUUCCUCGCGCCAGUUGCCGUGCUUCUUACAGCAAGCUUAACAAUGUACGCCAUCACUGUUUACAAAAUCGUCGAAGCGACCAAGGCGGCCAGCUUGGUUCGAAAAGUGGACAAACUGAACCUAUUUUUGUACAUAAAACUCGCCGUUAUCAUGGGCCUAACUUGGGUUUUAGCCUUCAUUUGGGUCGGAACAAAAAGCGUUGUCAUGGAGUACUUUUUCAUUAUUUUUAACAGCCUCCAGGGGGCGUUUAUUUUCGUUGCGUUCGUCUGCCGAAAGAAAGUGUACCGUCUGCUAAAACAUAAACUAUCAAAGAAGAAAGCAAUAAAAAGCAAAGCAACGCGGACCAGUCGGAUUACAAGCUCAAGUGGGAUGAGAAAAAGUGCCGCUUUCUGAUUGGAGAAAUUGGAAACAUUGCCGUGAUGUAGUUCUCUAACCUACUUCCAGAGGGCUCAGUCAGGGAAGUAGGUCAGAGAAGCAGAUAUAUUCAAUCAUGUGUUACAGUAUAUACCGGUAACUGAAAGCAAGAAUGUAUUAAGUCCACUUGGUUUCCGCUGGUAUUGCCAAAACACAGCAGAAGCUUGGUGGUCAAGACCAGUUUUUCGUGGUCAUUUGAUGUGCGGAUUUAUACCAUACUAUAAUAUACUUACAUUAAGUAUUUGUCUAUAGUAAAGAUGUACAUGUAAUUGCUAAGGCACGCUAGUACUUUUAGUUGUAGAAAUGCAUAUGAAGUUACCUUCCUGAAUACGUUUGCACGGCAAGACGGGCAUGUAAUAUAUUCGUUAGUAUCAUCCGGUAAGCAUGUGCACAAUCAACGUUAGUCACAGACGCUGACGUCAACGGAACGUGUUGGCGUUAUCUGUUGUUAAUUCAUUCCAUAACCAGCGUUAGGUCUUAACACUAACUGUACGUUAGUGUUAACAUUGCAACUUGGCCGACUCUGCACGCUUUGUUGCUCAGGUUUUCAUAAUAUGUUCAUUUUCUACUGGUGCACGUAAGCUGGUCUAAUUCAGUGUAAUGAGUGCAAUGGGCGUGUAUCAACCUGUACUGUCAUUAACUGAAGUGGUCGGUGUGUUGAUAAUGUCAUGGACAUCGAAACAAUAAAAACUCAAUGUAAAGAUUAA